AUGUUGGCACCUGGUAUGAAACACGAUUCUCAUUUUGAGUCAGAUAGCUCAUGGCGUGGUGGCAGUUUGCGAUCAUCUGAUGGAGGGACAUCAUAUUUUGGAAGUUUGGACGAUGCUGGACAUGAUGAGCGUCUGAGAAUUGAUCCGGAUGUCGAUGACUUUUUGUCAAUGACAAGUAACUUGGAAGGAGGAAACGAAAAUCCGCAACUGGCACGGGUUCGACAACAUUUUGAGAAAAAGAAUAAAAAAAGUUCGCAAGAAAUAGACCAUUUGCAGGUUAAUAUUUUUUCUUCUGCAGUUUUUUAUCUCGGUAUCAUUAUAAGAUUUAUUAAAAAAUUAGAACAACUGCAGUCAAGACUGGUAGAAUUGGAUAUGGGAGUGAUUACUGGGCCCUCGCAUAAAAGCGCUGUGCUCAAUAAUAUUCGAAAAACGGGUCCAUUGCUUCGGGAAGUGAUCGCAGCACCUCGUGGAAUAGCUCACAUGAUUAAAAAUACUUUUGGAUCAGCAGAUAACAUACCCGAUAAUGUAACAAAUGAUGUUUCCAAUGUUGGGCACUCAACUUUUUAUUCCGUUGUUGCACAGAGCAAUGACAGAAUGCACGAACUAGAUUUACAAGAUGGUAAUAGCACGGCUUCACCACCUAAGCGUGGGCACAAACGGACUGAAACACUUCCAGCUAUGGCAUUUGAUCUUGAAAAUUUGGUGUCAUCCUCGCAUCACGAAUUGCCUGCAAAUUUUGGUGGCGCAACCAACACGCACGAGUUAUGUAGUAGUAUACAGGAACUAAAAGCACAGAAUGUAUUGCUUAUUGAGCAGCUUAGCAAGUUGCAAACUCAAAACAAGUCGGAAUUCAGUUAUUUCAACAAUGCACUUCAUGAGGAAAGGAUCAAAACACAGAGACUUGAAGAAAUGCUGAAUGAAACAAUUGAAUUGCAUCAAGCUGAAAUGAUUGCACUUAAAUCUGAUCUCAACACGAUUGCAACACGAAUGGAUUAUCAAUACAGUGAUCGUUUUCGGUCCAUUGAAGAGAACAUUGAAAGCACUCAAAACAAGAUGAUACGAAUGGAAGUAAAUGUGAAAGAAUGGGCAGAAUCUCGACCACAAACAACAUUUAGUUCGGUUAUGCUUUCUGGAACAAAUAUUUUAGUGGAAUUUAUUAAACUUGUAUUGUUAAUCGUCUCUUUUGCACUUGAUUUUGUGAAACCAUUUACUGGAACCAGGACUCGAGCCGGUUUCGUGAUUCUGUCGUGGCUAGCCUUGAUGAUUUUAUCACACUUCAUUGAUAUUGAUGAACUGCUCCGGAAAAUUGGUGUUGCUUUACGCAUUAUUUCCUCGUCGUCUUCAUCAAAUUCCACGAGUUCAUAA